AGCAGGUUAAACGAAAAUACGUAAGCAGCCAGCAAUAAUCCCUAUGGCCCAUUCCUCAAACUUACAACCUCUCUCCUUCAUAAACCCAAAUACGCAUCUCUUCCCAUCGACAAACACGCCAAAUCGAAAGAGUAGCGCAUACCGGCACCUCGUGGUGUAGCGGUUAGGAGUGUCACACCGGGUCCUCUAAAAACCCCCCCGAAUCAUGGGGGUUUCCUCCCGCCCCUAAUGAGGGGCGGCAAGGUUUUGCUAGUCUGAUUUUCGGAUGGAGAUUUUGGGUGUUUUUUUGGUUUUUUUACAUACAGUAUGAUUGAUUGAUGGUUGCGCCAGUUAUUUUUAUUAUUAUUAGGAAACAAAAGAGCUUUUCUGUUUCUUAAGAGGUCUGUCCUUCUCUUUACGGAUUUUUCUGUUACUUUCCUUCCUUCCUUGCUUGGGAAGGAAGGAAGGAAGUGAGGUGAGGUGGAAGUUUCGCGAGCGGGGAGGAGGCGGACCGGACCCACUUUGUGUCUCUUUCACUUUCACUUUCAUCUUUUACUUUGACUUUGACAUCGAUCUUGAAUUCAUUACGGAAUUUCAUUUUUGUAUUUGGGAAUGAGUGAUUGAUUGAUUGGUGUAUGCUUGAAUACCUACUCGCUAGAUAUUGAUUGUCUCUUGUCUGAGUUUAUCUUUCGUUUCUUUAUCUGGAUUGAGUCUCCUGUGAUUCGGAUUUGUUUACACGACGUUGAACUUCUUCCACUUACCUGUCUAUAUAUACAUAUAUUACUACGAUGGUGCGCAAAUCAAAACGCAAGUCUGAAGGGUUUGAGGAGAGAUGGGAAGGAGAAAAAGAAGGAGAAGAAAAGGGGAAGAAUGUCGGAGCCUGCGAGGAUUGGGCGAAGGGAAUUGGAAAGAGGGAAGAAGAUGAUGAGGAUGAGGAUGAGGAUGAGGAUGAUGGGAUGGGGAUGAGGAUGAGGAUUCGGGACAAGAAGCUAGCAAAGGAAGAAAAAGAAGAGCGCCGAGAGAGCGAAAGCGCAGUUUAUGGAGAAAUUUAUUGGGGUCGUGGAGAGAGACGUGAAGGACUUCAAGGAAUCGGCGGCAGAGUUGGAGAGAGAAGCUUCGGUCGAAAUAAGGACUUCCUGGAAGGCUUUCAUGCUGCUUAUUCUUUGUCGGCACCAUUCAAAACUGUCUCUUAUGAUUUUUCUUUAAAUCAUAAAAAAGGUCGAAUCAUGAUUACACGGGCGUUGGAGUUGAGUUCGCAAUUUGAUAACCUGACAAGGAAGGAUAUCGCAAAAGAGUUGGCAGGAUUAUUUGGUAACGAGUGGAGCAAAGAGGAUGGAGAGAUUGCUAAGAUGCUUGAACUGGGAAAAGUGGUUGGGGUGAAUAAAUUUGAGUGUAUUGUGAAUGCUUCAAAGCCGGAGAUCUUGGAGACAGAGGCACUUGAAGUUUCGAAGAAAUUCUACCCAGCUGUUGAAGAGGAAAUUAGUACUGGCUGGGGCAAGGAGGCGAGGAAACAUGAGAGGGCUCAUAAGAGAUUGCUCAAGGCUUUUGAAAGCAGGAGUUGA